CUAGACUCUGACUGCUGACACCGGACACGCUGUAUCUGGUAAGUACUGCACGCACACUGCAAGACGACGCGCUGAGCUUAUGUAUACGUACAAAGCGCGCCAUCGCCAUGCAACAUACACACACACACACACACACAUAUAUAUAUACACACACACAUAGGUAGUACUAUACCUGUACAGUUUCGGAGCUACUCAUCUACAUCUUAUAUAUGCUCUCACAAUUGGCUCAUUGUUGCACUUGAUACAUUUAUAUAAUGGUACAUACGCGUCCUAAUAUGCAGAUUGAAUGAGUAAAAAUAAUAUAAGUAGUUAUAAUAUCUAUUCAUUAUGCAUAUAUAUAUAUAUAUAUAUAUAUGUGCAAUAAUUCUAUUUAUAAGCUCCUUUUUCUCUUUUAUUAUUUUUAAAAAUAAUGAUUUUCCAUAUUAAGUGACGUGUUAUUUUUAUUUGUAACUACGCAGUAUCUCGUUCUCGAAAAAACUCGACUUCUUUAAAAAAAAGUGUUCAAUCAGCUUCAUCAUCAUCAUCAUAAUCAUCUCAUGAUCAUCAUGAAUAAAAAAGUCGUCAGCUUGCAAAAAGCACUCACUCAUGAAUACGCGUACUAAGUAAGUAUGUAUUUAUGUACAUUCGCGAAUCGUGGUACGGUACUUCAAAAUUCAGGGCUCGUGCAGCCUAUAAGCGCAAGCUGCGAGGAGAACCUUCAAUGAGGAGCUGGAGAUGCUAGCAGCUAGAGAGAGCGAGAUGCGCGAGCGACUAUGCGCCGCAGUAACUGCCGAAAGUCAAAAAUCAACACAAUAACACACACGUACAGUACACUUGGCAGUCUUCUGUCUUGGUACUGCGACUGCACAAGUUUACUACACACACUGUACUGUAUGACGUGCAGUCGGAUCCAACGUUCCACAGCAGUGUUUGUGCAGUACUCGCAUACGCGGCGAAAGAUCAGAUCUUCAGAUCGUUCCAAUUAUAAAUUAUAAGGAUAUAUCUGGGAUAUAGAAUAUAGACUAUACUAGAGAAGACAAGGAGGACGCUGCGCUGCGAGAGAGAACCGGUGUUGGUGGCGGAGGCGGCGAUCAUGUUCCCGUCAUCUUCGUCGGCCUCGUCAGCCGACGAUGCCGAGGUCCCGGCUACGGCUGAGCUUGAAUCCUCGUCUGGUGCACGGCCUCGUAAACCCAGGACGCCAUCGGACGAGUGGAAAGACAAGGCCAAGACGAAGCCAUGGCGCAAAGGUAAAAGUUCAACGCGCAGAGAAGAGAGUCUAUUUAGUUUAAAACAAUUUUUAAAAAAUGACAACCAGACGAAUCAUCAAUUUGCUGGAGCACGACCAAAAGUUUACGAGUCCCAAUCCAGAACUCCAGAACCCAGCGAGAAUCAUGACAAAGGAAAAUAUCCACGAAAUCCCACCGAACUUCCAGAUUUUGUACAGGACCAUCUUGUUAUCGAACAGUGUUUUCUUAGUGACAAAGCUUCAUCAAACAUGGCCAGUGUUGAAGUGGACAAUCUGCCUGACUUUGCACUGAAUAGUGUUGAACAGAGACACAUUCGAUAUCUAAAGUCCCAUUCUGCCCCAUGCGACAGGUGGAAGAAAAAUUCAGAGGGUUCAGGGGAUCUUUCGUUUGAUCUUACUGACCAUUUAGAUAAAGGUCCAUCGAAUUCUCCACAUCCGAGCUCCUUGGAUUUGCCAAAGCUGGACGUCAUUGAUGGUGAAUUGGCGGAUGUGCCAGAAUCUUUAGGUUUUCCAUUCGAUUUGCAAAUACCUAGAGGCACUGAAUCUAAUGUAAAUGCAGAUGUUGCUGCCAAUCACCCUUUGCCUGAAGGAAUACCUAACACAACAAAACUUUUACCUGAUUUUUUAAGUGAUGCACCUAUUCGUACUAGAGGAACUCCUAUAUCUGACAGACCUGACUGUUCAAGCUCAAGUGAUUCUAUGAAUCAAUGGUUGUCUAUGGAAAAUGAAAGACUACGAAAUGAACUCCAAAUUGCGAGAAGACAAGCAAGUGAACGUUCACUUAGGAUAGAAACUUUGGAAGCAGAACUUUUAUCGAGGGGACAAUCAGAUCACACGGAAAGCGCGAAUCUCGAAAAGGCAAUGGAACAAGUAGAGGACAAUUUAAAACGUAGCACGAAACGAGCAAUCAAUGCGGAAAGUACAGUAGCAUCAUUGAAGAAAGAAAUAGAUUCUUUAUCUAUUGAAAUCAUGAUGUUACAAACCGAGAAUCGAGAGCUCAGAGCGGCGAUGGGUGUAGAUAGUAACGGAUGUCGAAACACAAAUCCUGAUCGUAGGAUACGAAGGUUGGCCGAUGAUUUGAGACUUGCGGCAUCGACGGCGGAAGUAUCAUUGAGACAGUUGAUGUCGGGUGUAAAUAAUUUGAGAGUACUUGCAUCAGCUCUUGAGAAUGUGGAUAAGAUAGAGGACCGUACCAAAGAUUUUUUACCAGACUUUGAUGAAGAUAACGCAGCUGGGCCAGCGUUAUAAAGAAGAACGACGUGGAUACGAGAUAUUUUUUUAUUUAGUUCCUUCAGACUUCUAGCUGUAUCAAGUUCCUAUGAAGCUUGAACUUUUCUCUUGUAAGGAAAUGUGUAUUUAAUUAUCCUUAUCAGUGAUUAUUUUGGACUAAUGUGAUUCUGCUUGUGAAUUUGUUAACGACCCAUAUAAAAAAAACCCGUGCAUUAUCGAAAACAAAUCGUGCAGAAUAUCACAAAAGAAAACGAUUGUUUUAUAUAAUAAAAUGUACAGUUGUCCAAUCGCAUAUUUACAUACGAAAAUAUAAAACUUUUUUUUUCAUUUA